AUGUCAGCAGCUAUUGUAUGUUUUCGUUUUCAAGUGUGAUUUGCCUGCAGUAUUUAGCUCACAGCGAUUCAAUGGAGCAGGAGGGCUAGCAGAGAGGGGGAGCUGGGCUGUAUGAAUCAAAGUGACAGCCACUGCCUCAGUGACCUGUAUCAUCUGUAUCUAGAAUUGCGGAUGCACAGACUUAAAGCAUGGCAGCAGGCUGAUCCAUGUGUACACCCUGCAGGGAUGAGACAUGUCAGACAUAGUUCCUCCAGAAGUGAGACCCAAACCAGUCGUCCCUGCCAAGCCCCCAAAUGUGGGGGCACCUUCACCCUCCAGCCCCUUCCCACCCCAGGGCCCGGGCAUCGGGGGAGGAGGCGGCGUUUCACUUCCUCCAAGUGCCAUUCCAGUCCCCAUUGGGAGUCACGGUCAUAGUGUGGGUCAUAAUGUCGGUCACGGUGUGGCUCACGGUGCGGGCCAUGUUGGAGGUCACAUUGCAGCGCACAAUGGAAGUCAUGGUCAUGGAGGCUCCAACAGCUCCAGCGGUGGAUCCACUUUGCUGGGGUACAUUGGUAUCGACACUAUCAUUGAGCAGAUGAGGAAGAAGACCAUGAAGACGGGCUUUGACUUUAAUAUCAUGGUUGUCGGUCACAGCGGUCUCGGAAAGUCAACUCUGGUGAACACCCUAUUCAAGUCCCAGGUGAGCAGGAGGAGCGCCGGAUGGGCCCGUGAUGAGAAGAUCCCCAAAACUGUAGACAUCAAAGCGGUGUCUCAUGUCCUUGAGGAGGGUGGUGUGAAGAUGAAACUGACAGUCGUCGACACUCCAGGCUUUGGAGACCUAAUUAAUAACGACAACUGCUGGGAGCCCAUUUCCAAGUACAUCAAUGAGCAGUAUGAGAAGUUCCUAAAGGAGGAGGUCAACAUCACUAGAAAGAAGCGCAUUCCUGACACCAGGGUGCACUGCUGUCUAUAUUUUAUCACCCCAACUGGACACUCUCUUCGGCCACUAGACGUCGAGUUCAUGAAGCGCUUGAGUCACUCGGUCAACAUUAUUCCUGUCAUUGCAAAGGCAGACACGAUGACCAUUGAGGAGAGACAGGAGUUCAAACAGCGGGUAAGGAAGGAGCUGGAGAUGGGCGGAAUUGAGUUUUACCCACAGAAAGAGUUUGAUGAGGACAUGGAGGACAAGAGCGACAACGACAAGAUCAGAGAGGCGAUGCCCUUUGCUGUUGUGGGUAGCGACAAAGAAUAUCAAGUGAAUGGCAAACGAGUUCUGGGGAGGAAGACAGCAUGGGGCAUCGUAGAAGUUGAAAACCCCAACCAUUGUGAGUUUGCUCAGCUGAGAGAUUUCCUGAUCAGGUCUCACCUCCAGGAUUUGAAGGAGGUCACUCACAACAUUCACUAUGAAACUUAUCGUGCCAAGAGACUGAACGAGAACGGGGGUCUCCACCCCAUAUCCUCCAAUGACACCCAAGAAAGCAACCUGUAGUCAGUUCAGUCAGAGUGAGAUGAGAAUACAAACAGUGCAAUGAAGCUGAUGGAUUAAUCUACGAAAUAUUAUUAUCAUUGUCACCACGGCAUCGAUAUGCAUGCUUGAAAAACAUUUUAAUCUUCUACAUAUUCUUCCCCACAAACACAUAUCAAAGUAAAGCCAUUCCUUUGAAUAUUUGGAUGAAAGGGCAGUCACAAACAGAUAACUUAGUGCCAUUAUAAAAUUAACAAUUUAUCAACUUCCAAUGCCUUGUCAUUUAUCAUGAAACGGGUAGCGUAAGAUUAGAAAGUGCCACAUUAUUGUCUGUUUAAGACGCAGUUUUAAAAAAAAGUUUUAGUGAUGUGUUGCAACUGAUGUCUGAAUUCAGACAAAUGAAAGAAUUUUCUCAAAAUAUUGAAAUCACAAUUUCUGCACAGUAGUGAUGCAAGAGACAGCUCUGCAGUUAAAUCUGUACAAAUUGCUUUCUUACAAUUCGCAGCAGCAACUGUUGAUUCAAAGAAAGAAUCCCUGUGGCUUUACUG